AACAUGCUGAAGAGCUGACCAGUCUCGUAUGCAUUAGCGCUUUCAGUUAGUGGCGAAGAGUGGGCCGAAACUGCAACAUAGUGAAAGUUGCCGGUCAAAACCAAAAAUUUCAACAAAAAAAAACGACUGUAGACUACACAAUACCGGCGUUGGUUAAUAAACAAAGCUACAAACAUACUAUAAACUAACACAUACAUUCAACUCUGUGCUUCACCUAUAUAUACAUAUACAUAUAUACAUGUGCCUGCGCCAAUAGGAUAUAUAAAUUUGUGCAUUUAUUGACCGCAAGUACAUUUUCCAUUCUCGAUCGGUUCACCUGCUGCGUACAUAAAACAUUCAAUUUAUUCACUCAUUUCGUUUCGUGAAUUUCACUUGCGGUUUAUCGUCGUUGUAGUUUGUUGUUGUGGUUGCUAUUUCGAUAUUACAUUGCUCACAUAAAUUUAGCGGUAAUGACAACACGCGGUAUUCGUCGCAAGAAAUCGACUUUGACAGAAUUAAAAAUUGCUGUCGUUGGAGCGCCGAGCGUUGGCAAGAGCGCUCUGAUUGUGCGUUUCCUAACCAAGCGUUAUAUCGGCGAAUAUGAUCAUCAAACCGAAAAUCGAUACAAACACGAAGCGAUGGUGGAUGGGGAGCCGGUGCUUUUUGAAAUACUAGACACAUGCCCCAAGGCCGAUGACGAAUUCCCCAAUGCCGCCGAAUUACUGCAAUGGGCUGAUGGCCUGCUACUCGUCUACUCCAUCACCGAUCGCUGCUCUUUCAAUUAUAUAAGACGCGCCAAAUCUGACCUACAAUCCGAUUCGCCCGUUCAGCUGGUGGCCAAUAAAGUCGAUAUGGUGCAUUUGCGUCAGGUGAGCCGCGACGAGGGUGAAAUUCUAGCCAAAGACUUUGAAUGUAAAUUCAGCGAAGUAUCAGCGGCGGAUCAUGUCGAUCAGGUGGCCGAAGUCUUUCACGAACUGUGCAAGGAAGUGCUGGCGUCGAAGCGAAAAUCGAAACAGAGUCUAUUGGAGCGUAUGUUGGGCGGCGCGCGACCCUAUAGUCGGGGGAAGAGUGACAGUAAUUUGCCGAAAGACUGAUGAAUAUACAUACAUACGUAUAUGGCAGAAGUGUUGAAACGGUGGGCUAGAUGUAGACAGCGAGCUGUUGAAAAUUAGGAAACCACCAUAGAAAGGAAGCGAUUAUGAAGUGUUAAUGAACCAGGUGCCAUACAUAAAAAAUAUUCUAAUUAUUGAGCUCGCAUCUACAAGUUAAAUUAAAAGAAUCAUCAAAAAUAUUCGAGCUCGAUUUUCUCACUUUUAUUCUUUAGUUCAGCAUAGUU